CUCUCACAUUCCAUCUCCUUCAUAAAAGCCCCUCUCAAGCAGCAGUCUUUUGAGAGAGGAAGAGAAGAAGCGGUUGAGUGAAAAGAGAGAGAGAGAGAGACAUAACAGGGCUGCUUCACUUCAUAAACAAAUUUUAUGUGUUAUUUCCUUAUAUCAUUCGCUGUUUUUGGUUUGAUUCUUUGAUGAGAAAUCUCUACUAUUUCAUCUAAAACACUAUCAAAAACCAUAUCUUUAGUGAAAAAUGAAAACCCACGUUUUCUUUUUUCCUUUUCUCAUUUGUUGAAACUUGUUGUUGAGAGAGAGAGAGUCUUUUUUUGUGCUUUGUGUUUUGUUUUGGUCUUUUUUUUGGUCAUUAGUAAUGGCACCCAGUUUUGACUACGCGGUUUCAAGCCUUCUCUGUGGGGAGGACAAUAGUAUUUUCGAUGAUAACGAUUAUGGGGUUGUGGUGGAGGAGUUUGAGGCCACGUGGCAUCAUCUGGGUCAUCGGAGCCGUAAUCAAGACCGUGGCUUUGGUGGUGGUGGUGGCGGCGGUGGUAGUGAUGGGGUGCCAUUGCAGAGUGAUGAGUGUUUGGCUUUGAUGGUUGAAAAGGAAUGCCAGUAUUUGCCUGGUGGUGAUUACUUGAAAAAACUACUAGGCGGUGAUUUGGACUUGGGGGCUAGAAAACAAGCUGUUGAUUGGAUUGGAAAGGUUCAUGCCCAUUUCAAUUUUGGACCUCUAUGUGCAUAUUUAGCUAUAAGCUACUUGGAUCGGUUCCUUUCUGCUUAUGAAUUUCCUAAGAACAAAGCUUGGACAAUGCAAUUGUUGGCCGUGGCAUGUUUAUCUCUUGCAGCCAAAAUGGAAGAGACUGAAGUUCCUCUAUCUCUAGAUUUACAGGUGGGUGAUGCAAAAUUUGUGUUUGAAGCAAGAACAAUACAAAGGAUGGAACUUCUUGUUUUGAGUACUUUGAGGUGGAGAAUGCAAGCAGUUACCCCUUUCUCAUUCUUAGACUACUUCCUUUACAAGAUCAAUGGUGAUCAAUUCCCACUUAAUACAUCCAUUUUAAGAUCAAUCCAACUCAUAUUGGGCACAAUUAAAGGAAUUGAAUUCUUGGAAUUCAGGGCUUCAGAGGUUGCAGCAGCUGUGGCAAUAAUUGUUACAGGAGAGACCCAAACAAUAGACAUUGAGGCAGCAGCAUCUGGUCUCAUUCAACAUGUAGAAAAGGAGAGAGUGCUUAAGUGUGUUAAUCUGAUCAGUGAUUUAUCACUAAUUGGUGUAUCUUUUAAAGAUACCACUGCUUCAGUCCCAUCUGUACCACAAAGCCCAAUUGGGGUUUUGGAUGCCGCAUGCUUGAGCUAUAAAAGCGAUGGGUCAUGUGCAAAAUUUUCAGAUAAUAGUCCAGAUUCUAAAAGGAGGAAGCUAAACAGAAACUUUGAAGUGGAGCUAUAAAAGUGUCAUGGAAUGUGGGAUUUUCACUUCUCACCCAGAGCAAAUAUGCUUGAUUCUGCUUCAUUAGAGCUUUAUUAGUUGAACGUUUUAUGAAGGUGCCCCUUAUAAAGAUACUGACAAAGUAUGCAGAUAAAAGGAGGAUUGAAAAGGACAAGGAGAGAGGAACACUUGAAUAAGUUAAAGCCAUGGAAUGGAGGAUUGAGUAAAGGAAUUAGCAUCAUGCUUGAAGCAUGAAAAACAGUCACAAGCUGUUAAAUAUUAGACUUCUUAACGGCUAGAGACGGUAGAGAGACUGAGAUUACAAAAAAUAUAUAAGCAAAAAAAAAA